AUGACGACCCCAGCAGCCGCCGUAAAAGUGGUGGUAAGAAUCCGUCCGCUCAACGCCUACGAGCAGCGCGACGGCGACACGCCCAUCGUCCGCGCGUACGCCGGCGACGACGGGCGGCAGAACCGCGUUAUUGUCGAUGGACAGAGAGAAGAGACCUUCGAGUACGCGACAUCGCUGAGCGAAACCGCCAACGAGUGCGACGUGGCCAAGGCCGCGAACGCGCAGCAGCUCGUGCAGCGCGUCGUGGAUGGAAGGAACGCCACAGUAUUAGCCUACGGCCAGACGGCGGCGGGCAAGACGCACACGAUCGACGGCUUACUCCCGACGGUCAUCGACCGCAUCUUCAAGGCUACGAAUGAAGGCGACUUCGAGACCAGUGAGGUGUCGGUGAGUUACCUCGAAAUUUAUAACGAGCAGGUGCGGGACCUGCUGGUGCCGGCGCCGGUGCAGACGGACCCCGACCGGCCGCCGCCCCAGCCCAAGGCGUUGAACCUGCAGAAUCGGCUCCAGGGCGGCGUGACCGUCGUCGGUUUAAGUGAAAGGAAGCCGCGCAAUGCCCUGGAGGCGAAGCGGGUCCUGAAGGAGGGCGGCGAGCGUAGAGCUGCCGCAGCCACGGCGAUGAACGACCGCUCGUCGCGGUCGCACGCUGUAUUUGAAGUAAGAGUGGAAACGCGAAGGCGCGGCGACGCGGCAACGCGGCGCGGCCGCUUUUUAUUAGCUGACUUGGCCGGGUCGGAGAGCGCGGGCCGGACGAACGAGAGCGGCAACGCCCGGAGGAGAGAAGCUAGGACGAUCAACCAGUCUUUGCUGGCCCUCGGCCAGGUCAUCUCGGCGCUGUCGGAGCAGAAAAAGGCCGACCACGUGCCUUAUAGGGACUCGAAGUUGACACGGUUACUACAAGAUAGUUUGGGAGGCACGGCGGCGACGGUCCUAAUCGCCUGCGUGGCGCCGACGUUAGCGUCGCGCGAAGAGACGCUCUCGACAUUAAGGUACGCGGACCGCGCGUCGCGCGUCGCGGGCGUCGACCGCGUCCACGUCGCGCCGCCGCGCGCGCCGACGGCCGAAGAUUUGGCGGCGCUGGAGCGGGCCCUGGACGAAGCGAAAAGGAAGAACGCCUUCCUGGCCCAGGGCGGGCCCGACGCGACGGCGCACCUCAAGUGCUUCUGCGCGUUAAGGGCGCGCCUCGUUGAUGCCGCUCAUGCCGCGCAUGCCGCUCACGCGGCGGCGACGGUCGACGCCGCGAAUUCGAGUGACGCGGCGCAUGCGCUCGAAGAGUGUCGAGCGGCGCUUGCCAAGGCCACGAAUGAUGCAGGGAGAGCCCAGAAGGACGUGAAGCGGGCGCGCGACGCGGCGCGCCACCUCGCGGGCGAGCUCAAGAGUUUGACGAGGGACGCGUCGGAGAAGGAGGCGGAGAACAAGCUCCUCGAGGAGGGCUUGAGCGAGGCGAUCGACGCCGCGCGGACGAUGAAGAACGAGCUCCGGGAGGAGCAGGCGCGGUCCGCGGCCUGGGCCCAGCGCUGCGGCGCAGACGCGGCGGCGCGCGAGCGGGGUCAGGCCGCGGCGCUCCACGGGCAAAAGAAGUCCAUGGAAGACGCGCACGCCGCCGCGCUCGAUAAGGUGCGGGCCGAGUACACAACAGCGCUCGCGGCGACGGAGGCGGGGCACGCGACGCUCGCCGAGGCGGCGGACGCCGAGCUCGAUUCACUACGAGCGGCGUUCGCCGCGGAGCGCGCGCUCGCCGACGCGCGCGCGCAGAAGCAGUCGAGCGACCGCCGGAAGGAGGCCGCGGCGCACGCGCGCGGCGUGCGGUCCGCGCUGGCCGAGGAGCUCGCGGCCGCGCAAACACAGCACGCGGCGGACGUGGGCCGGUUGCAGGAGGCGCUCGACGCCGCGACGACCGCGCACGCGGCGGACGUCGGCGCCGUCACGGCCGAGCUCCACGCGGUGAAAGCCGAGCUCGAGGCGACGCGCCACCGCGCGGGCGCCGACGCGGCGCGGGCUCUUCAAGCGCUCGCCGACGUCCGAUCCGAGCUCGGCGCGGCGAGGAACCUCCACGAGCUCGCGGUGCGGCGCGCGGCGGAGGACGCUAAGAAAGCUGAGGCGGCGUUGCUGGACGAGCGGGCGGCGCACGAGGCGGCGCAGCGCCAGUCGACGGCGGACCGCGACGCGGCGGCGGCGUCUGCAUUGGAGGCCGCGCGGACCAAGGCCGCGGCGGACCUCGCCGCGCUCGAGUCCGCGCGCAAGUUGGCCGCGGCCGACCUCGCGCGCGCCCACGAGGACGCCUCGAAGGCGAUCGUCGAGGCGAACGACCGCGCUUCGAAAGCGAGCGACGACGCGGCGGCGGCGCGGGCCGAGGCGCAGACGGCCGCGGCCGCCGCGCGGGCCGUCGAACAGGAGCUCGAGCGCGUGCGAGCCGCGGCGCAGACCGACGGCGAAGCGUUGCGAGCGGCCGAGGCGGCGGCCGAGGAGGCGCGCGCCGACGCGGACCGGGCGCGGCGGCUGCUCGAGGGCGUCGGGGCCGAGCUCGAGACGCACGAGGCGGCGGCGCGGGCCGCAGAAGCCGAGCUCGAGCGGAUGCGCACGACGGCGCAAACGGAAGGCGAGGCCCGCCGCGCGGCCGAGGCGGCCGCCGACGAGGCGCGCGCCGACGCCGCCGCGGCGCGGGCCGAGAUCGACACCCAUGUGACGGCGGCGAACGCGGCUGAAGCGGCCCUGGAGCGCACGCUGACGACGUCAAAGACCGAGGGCGAGGCCCUCCGCGCGGCCGAGGCCGACGCGGCCGCGGCGAAGGCCGCGGCGCGGGAUGUGAAGGAGGAGCUCGAGGAGCUGCGCUGCGCGGCGGCCUUCCACGGCGACGCCCUCCGAGCGGCCGAGGCCGAGGCCGACCGGCUGAAGAGCGAGGCAACGGCGGCCGAGGCGACGACGGCGGAGCUGGCGGACGCCCUCGUCGAGGCGCGGAACGACGCCGCGGACGCGCGCGCCGACGCGGCGGGCGCCCAGGCGCGCCUCGACGAGGCGACGGCGCGCGCGCGCGACGACGCCCGCGACGUCGAGGCCGAACUCUCGCGCAAUGCGCGCGAGUGGCGCGCCGAGGUGCUGCAGGCGCGGCGCGAGGCCGCCGAGGCGACGGCGCUUUUAUCGUCGCGACGCGCCGACGAGGCCGACGCGCGGAACGGCGAGGUGGCGCGCGCGCGCGCCGAGGCCGCCGGCGCGCGCGACGCCGCGGCGGGCCUGCGCAAGGCCCUGUCCCAGGCGCGCGCCGACGCGGCUCAAAGUGCAGACGCGGCGCGCGCGGAGGUCGCGACGCUCACGACCGAGCUCGCCGCGGCGCGGGCGCGCCUCCGCGAUAGCGAGGGCCAGCGCGAUGCGGACACGAACGAGCUCGUCCGGGCGCGCGACGCCGCCGCCGGCGAGGCCGAGCGUUUACGGGAAAAGAUCGCCGCCGUCGUCGCCGAGGGCGCCCGGGCCGCGGCGGAGGUCGAGAGCGCGGACGCGACGAUCCUGGAGCUGCGGAAGAACUUGGAGGCGGUCGUGGGCGAGGCGCGGUCGCGCGACGUGCGCGCGCGGUCGUCGAGCGCGCGCAAGGAGGCGGAGAUCGCGCGGCUCGCGGCGGUGUCCGAGGCCUCCGCGGCGGAGCUGCGGGAGUCGCGGCCGCGGCUCCGGGCGCUCGAGGCUACUUCAGCGGAUCUGGCCGCGCGGCUCGCGGCGGCGGAGGCGGCUGCGCUAGUCGCCGCGCCCUCUGUGGCCGCGCCCGUCGCGGCAGCGCCCGCCGAGGCCGCGCCGGUGGCAGAUGAGGACGCGUGGAGCAUUGCGGCCUCGGCCGACACCGUCGACGCGGCCGACGCCGCCGAGGCCUCGACGGACUCCGAGGUCGAGGUCUGCGCCGCGCCGCCGACGCCCGAGGCCGUCGACGGCGCGAAGCCGCGGGAGGCCUCGCUCCUAGUCAUCGGCGCCCAAUCGGUCGACGACGAGGCCUCGACGGACGUCGAUUCAGAGGCCGAGGCCUACGUCAACGACCGACGCGGCCGCAAGGCCGCCGCGCCGCCACCGACGCCCUACGUCGUCCCGCACGCCGAUGACGAUGACGCGGUCGACGAGGCGCCCGUCGAGCUGCUCUUCCGCGCCGACGACGCCGUCUUCGCGCGCGACGGCCGCGAGGACCACCCGGCGACCGUCGUCGCGGACUGCCCCGCGGGUGCCGCGAGCGUCCUGGUCAAGUGGCAGAGCACGGGCGACCAGGUCGAGGUUUUGAUCGCGGACGUCACGGCGAUCGGCGCGCUCCCGCCGCGGUCCUGCCGCCGGCCGCGGGCCGCCGCCGCGGCGCCGCCGGUCGCGGUCGACGAGCCGUCCGAGGCCGACGAGUCGGCGGAGCCGUCGCCCGCCUCGGCCGCCGACGCCGAGGCCUUCCGCCCGCUGACGCCGCUCGACCGGCCGAGCUGCGUGCCGCCGCCGAGCCUGUCGAGCCCGGCCGGGCCGGUCGACUGCAAGGCCUGCGCGACCGGCGACCGCCGGCGCAAGCACACGUGCCCCGCGGCGGCGCGGCUCCGGAACGCGGCGCGGGCGAAGCCCAAACCAAGGCCCAAGAAGUCCGUCCACGCGUGGCGCCUCGACGACGACGACGAGCCCGAGGUCGCGCCGCGGCGGUCGGGCCGGACGCGAACGAAGGUCGUCACCUACGCCGACGAGGAGAACGACGUCCCGGAGCGGCGCACGGCGCGCAAACGGCGCGCCGCGGCGAACGACCGCUCGCCCUUCAAGAGCGCGAACGUCUUCGGGUUCUAAGGAGGAGUUGUCCCUUUUUAGGAGGAGUGUCCCUUUUUCUAG